GUCAGAUUUGUCAGUUUAAAAAAUAUUUACAAUCGAGUGGCAGUGUUUACGGGCGAGCAUCAAACUGAUAACAAUGAAAACGGGGUUUUUUCAAUAAAAGGUGGAGUCAUUUCCCUGCGAAUGAAUAAGUUUAAUGACUGCGGAUAGGGUUAAAAGCAAAAUAUUUAUCAAUUAUAGCAUGCGCACUUCUACGUCCAACACAAAGGUUCUUGUGCAUUCUGUUGGACUUGUCAGUGAAUAGUCAGCUGUAAUUUCGGAAAUAUGGCAUAGGGACGUUUAUUUGGGUGUGUUUUUGUAGUGUUGUGGUUAAUUUUUGUGCGGAACAAUGUUUAGUGGUUGUGUAUUUCUUGUUCUUCUAUUUCUGGCUUUACAUCCAAUUGAAAGUGCAAACCGGUUAAACGAAUACAUCAGCCACUACGAGCCGCUCACCUACGACACCCAAGAUGUACAUAAAGCCCAUGUGCGCUGCCGGCGAUCGGCGCCUUCCGCAAACAACGGCGUGCACGUGUCGUUUGCGGCGCACGGUCGCCGUUUUCGAUUGCGGCUGAAGCGCGACCUGGACGUGUUCAGCGAUAGACUGGAGGUGCACGGGGAACAGGGGCCGCUGGACGUCGAUACGUCCCACAUUUAUAGUGGACAUCUGAUCGGCGAGCCAGGAAGCAAGGUGUUCGGUUCCAUAAUAGAUGGGGUGUUCGAGGGGAAAAUCGUCUCCCCGAAAGGGUCGUAUUACGUGGAGAAGGCCCGCCACUAUUUUCCACACGCAAAACAUCCGAAUCGGACGUUUCAUUCAAUUAUUUACCACGAGGAUCACGUUCACGACCCCUAUGAAGACGUUAGAGAAGGUCAUGCAACUGGUUGUGGUAUAAACGACGACAUAAUGGAAUGGAUGGAUAAAAUCCAAAAUUCUGCUUCCCCAGACAGUGUUUCAACGACACCGCCAGAUGCUACAAAACAGAAACCGAAAAAGCAUAAAAAGGUCCCAUCAUCAAACUCAAACAAUAUAAUCAAAGACAAACAGAAUCAACAUUACAAUAAAGACAAACUACCAAAACCACCGCCAAACUAUGAAGACGGAUUUAAUAAAUAUUCGAAGGAAGCUAACCAGGCACAUUCGAGAAAUAAAAGAGCUACACGAAGAGAUGAAAACAAGAAUACCUGUUCGUUGUACAUACAAACAGAUCCUCUAAUUUGGAAGCAUAUCAGGGAGGGUUUUCCUGAGCACACUGACCCAAAGAAGGAAAACGAAGUGAACGAGAAAACUAGAGAAGAAAUAUUAUCGUUGAUUGCUCAUCAUGUCACUGCCGUUAAUUACAUUUAUCGUGAUACUAAAUUCGAUGGCAAAAGCGAACAUCGAAAUAUUAAAUUUGAAGUUCAAAGAAUCAAGAUCGACGAUGACUCGUCUUGCAAAUGCGCCCAUCACCACUGCGGCGAAAUGAACCAAUUUUGUUUAGAAAAUAUCGAUGUCAGUAACUUUUUAAACAUACAUUCCUUAGGAAACCACGAAGACUUUUGUUUAGCGUAUGUGUUUACGUAUAGAGACUUUACUGGAGGCACAUUGGGCUUGGCAUGGGUAGCUAGUGCAUCCGGUGCUUCAGGGGGUAUUUGUGAAAAAUUCAAGACUUACACUGAAACUGUAGGCGGGCUUUAUCAAUCUACGAAGAGAUCGUUAAAUACCGGCAUAAUAACUUUUGUAAAUUAUAAUAGCAGAGUUCCACCGAAGGUUUCCCAACUUACUCUCGCGCAUGAAAUCGGACAUAACUUUGGAUCACCGCAUGAUUAUCCUCCGGAGUGUCGACCAGGUGGUUUAAAUGGCAAUUUUAUAAUGUUUGCCUCAGCCACAAGCGGCGACCGACCGAAUAAUAGUAGAUUUUCAAGCUGUUCUAUCGGAAAUAUUAGCAACGUGUUGGAUGCCAUUGAAGACAGCAAAAAGCGAAAUUGCUUCACUGCCUCUGCUGGUGCGUUUUGUGGAAAUAAGAUUGUUGAGGCUGGAGAGGAGUGCGACUGUGGAUACGAUGAUAACGAGUGUCAGGAUAAGUGUUGUUAUCCCAGAGUUAUCGGUAUACAGGACAGACAAACAAAUACAAGUGCCAUUGGUUGUAGACGGAGGCGUGGAACAGAGUGCAGUCCCAGCCAAGGUCCUUGCUGUAGCAGUGAAACUUGCAAAUUUAUACCGCUAUAUGAGCAUGAAGUUUGCAAAAUCGAAUCAGACUGCUCAAUGUCGUCCAAAUGCAAUGGAAGAACCGCCGAAUGUCCAUCACCUCAGCCCAGACCCAAUAAAACGAGAUGUAACAAUGGAACUCAACUUUGCAUUGAUGGAGAAUGCACAGGUUCAAUAUGUCUGGAAUGGAAUCUACAGGCUUGCUCAAUUACUACCCAAGAUCAUCCGAACAUAGAUAAGCGAAAAUUGUGCGAGUUAGCUUGUCAAAACGGCACAGAUAUUUGUCGAAGUACCAGUGAAUUUGCACACAAAGUAGGACUGCCACCUGGUGGAAUAAGUCUGCGACCAGGUUCUCCCUGUGACAAUUUUCAGGGUUAUUGCGAUGUAUUCUUGAAAUGUAGAGCAGUGGACGCAGACGGACCCUUAGUCCGUUUAAUGAACCUUCUGUUGAAUCGGGAAACCCUUUUAACCGUUGCCCAGUGGAUAACGGAAUUUUGGUGGGCGGUAUUACUGAUGGGCGUGGCAUUUAUUAUCUUUAUGGGACUGUUUAUUAAAUGCUGCGCAGUACAUACACCUUCGUCCAAUCCGAAGAAGCCACCGGCAAGGCGCAUUAGUGAUACUUUUAGAGGACCGAUCAAUACUUUAAGAAGAAUGAGGUAUCAUCAUCAUGGUGCUGCUCAACAGAGAGCCGGACCUCAUGUGCCAGGAAGGAGUCGACCGGAGCGAUCAGGUCGUCCUUCAGCCAGUCAAGGAGGACCAAGAGCGGGUUAUGGUGAAGGGAGGGGGCAUUACCAUGCUGCUAAAGGUAAAGGAAGUAAAUAUUAUUCUCCAUUAGCAUCUGCGCCACCCCCUACAAAUCUACCGUAUGCAGGAGCCUAUGAAAUGAGAAACAAAGUCUGACAGAAGGAAGAGGGCGGGGCUAUUGAAAUAGCUCCACCCCCGCGGGUGUCUCCGCCUCCGGAUUAUCCAGGCACCCCCAUGUUGGCCAAUAUAACGUUGAAUUUCGAUCAGGCCGUACUGACGUCGCCUCAGCACCUCCA